CAUCCAAUACUGGGAAUGCUUUAUUCUCUUAUAUUUCCUCCUGUGAAUCUUGGUAAAGCCUGCAGGAACUGUAAGACUGUUCUCUUAUUGACACGAAACACCAGAAGUUGCACGCUUCUGCAAAUAAAAUUAAACAGAAGACCAACUCAGCUGCCAGCAAAAGCAGGUGCUCUCCCCCUACCAGUGCUCCAGAGGAAAUAUUUAGGAAUGGAAAACCUGAUGGUCGUCUACUGCUCCUGUAAAGUUAUCUGGACAUUACUUGUAACAAUACUAGGUUAUGCCAGCACCUUGCCUGUGGGUGAUGAUUCUAUUUGCACAGCAGAGGAACUUGCUAAAUACAGCAUAAUCUUCACCGGGAAAUGGAGUCAGACUGCUUUUCCUAAGCAGUAUCCACUUUAUAGGCCCCCAGCACAGUGGUCAUCAAUGCUAGGUGUUACUCAUAGUUCUGACUACAGCAUGUGGAAAAAAAAUGAAUAUGCCAGCAAUGGUGUACGUGAUUUUGCUGAAAAGGGUGAAGCAUGGGUAUUAAUGAAAGAAAUAGAAGAAGCUGGAGAGAAAAUUCAGAGUGUACAUGGAAUCUUCUCUGCUCCUGCCAUUUCCAGUGGUACAGGACAAACCUCCACUGAAUUAGAAGUGCAUUCAAGACAUCCCUUAGUUUCAUUUGUUGUACGAAUUGUUCCAAGCCCUGACUGGUUUGUGGGUAUUGACAGCCUAAAUCUCUGUGAAGGAGACCGCUGGAUGGAAGAAGUAUCAAUAGAUCUAUUUCCAUAUGAUGCCGGAACUGAUAGUGGUUUCACAUUUUCCUCCCCAAACUUUGCCACUAUUCCACAGGACACAGUUACAGAGAUCACUUGUUCCUCUCCAAGUCACCCAGCAAACUCAUUUUAUUAUCCCAAACUCAAAAUUUUGCCACCUAUCGCUCAAGUAACGAUGGUGAAAUUAAAGAAAAACCAGCUGGGUCUUCCUGCACCUUAUCUUAAUCUUCCAGCUAAAAGCAAUGAAAUAAUAGACUCUGUCUCAGAAACACCACUGGACUGUGAGGUUUCACAAUGGUCUUCCUGGGGUCUCUGUAGAGGUCUUUGCAGAAAAACAGGGACCAAGAUCAGAACUCGUUUUGUACUUCUUCAGCCUGCCAAUAAUGGAAUGCCUUGUCCAAAUCUGGAUGAAGAAACAGGCUGUGAACCAGAGAAUUGUGUCUGAAAUAAAGAAAGGAUAAUAAUUUAGAUAAUUUAAAAGUAGGAUAAGUUUGACUAAAUCUAAACUACAUAUGAGUCAAUGUUCCUUAUAAUUUGGGUAUGCUGCAUUAUUGUGCUGAAAAGGUAUAUUAUACUGGUUUUGAAAGUUGUUUUUUAAUAUCAAGAUUUUGGGGGCGAUUAAAUUCCUAAGGUUUAGUGUGACAACAGUGUUUGAUUAUUUACAGACCAAAAAACCCCAAAUAAAUCCUUGCUAUAAAUAUACUGUAAGUUCUUGGAGUACCCUCUAGUGGUAGAAAAUAUGACAUUUGGAAAGUUUAUACUUCAUGCAUGUAAAAAUCUUUCAAUCGCAAAAUCUAAACUAGUAGCGUUCUUAAAUAAUGUAAUUUGUUGAUCUACAGCUAUUUAUACCUAGACAUUAAUUUUUUCUCUAAAUUAUGUUUUUAUAAUUUAUUGGCAUUUUUGUUGUCUUUCUAAACUUGUUUAAGAUGCAUUUCUUCAGAAACUGCUUACAUAAAUCAGAGUGACCAGAUGUUUGCAGUGUGGUUAAAAAAAUAAUAUAACUGAGUAAACUUUUCCUGAGACUUAUGAAUACAUGAAAAUGUCUUUCUUUUUCUCUUUUUCUCAGAAGUGAGAAUAAUAUAUGUCAUGAGGACACUUGGCCAACAGAAUUACUAGAAAAAAUCAGAAGUGUGGAUGCUAGUAGAAAACCUCUGAACUUAAUUAAAAAUGUUAGCUGAGAUUUAAAAACUUACUGACUGCUGGUGUGUGUCCCUCAUGAGACAACUAUCUCAAAAUUAACACUGUUGACCAUAACAUAAAUUAUAUCAUUGUCUUUAUACAGGCAGUAAAUGUGUCUGUGUUUGUUUAAAUGUGUUUGCUGCUAUUUGUGUCAUUGUAAACUUUUUACAGAGAAAACUGACCAAUGUUUUAAUAUUAUACAAAACUGAGGUAUACACAGAUAUAACAAAACACAGUAUGUCAGAAAUUGUUGCUGACUGCAAGUUUUAAUGCUCAAAUAACUUAUUUCAUAAGUAUAACAAAAAACAAAAUUUGUAUAACAAAAAUAAGUAUAACAAUAACAAAAAAUUAUAAAAUGAGUGUAACGUGGUUUAUAAAGACUUGCGGCUAUCUACUAGGAAAAGGAUUUUGGAAUAACACUGUUCAAUAGAACAUGUUUACAGUCAGCCCACAAAAUUUUUACCGCACACUGCAAUUUUACAAAUAUUCAGCACAGAUAUUGAACAGGAGAUGUUGGUGUUGAGUAGGUUCUUUUUGGAAUAUGCCAAAUAACAGAAAAUUUAUUAUGUACUUAAAGGAGCACACUGUAUUCUUGUAGCGUUGAAACAUUUAAAAUGUUCUCUAUAUUUUUUUUCCAGGAGAUAAAUCUUUCAAAGACCCAAGGAUAUUUGAAAUUUUAUCAGGCUAGACUAAGUUGGUCCUGCAAAUGCUGAUAAACACACAGUUAGAGCUAAGUAUAGGAAUUUCUACUCCUUGCACUCUUCAGAUUCCCACUGUUGCCCAUUUUUUAAAAUUGUUUCACUUACUCUUUUUAUUACACCUGUUUUUUUCAGGUUCCACUGUUUCCAUUCUAUAAUGGAAAUACUGUUAUUACACUACCAUUUUCAUCUUUUGUGUUUAGUUAAUUUCUCCACCUUUUCAGGUUUUUUUCCUUUAUUUUUUUAUAUUAAUUUUUAGUCAUUCUGUAUUUUCUUUUCUGCUAAACUUAUUUAGAAACAUAGAACAGUUUGGGUUGGAAGAGACCUUUAAAGGUCAUCUAGUCCAGCCUCCCCUACAAAGAGGAGGGACAUCUUCAACUAGAUCAGGUUGCUCAGAGUCAAUUCCAACCUGACCUUGAAUGUUUCCAAGGAUGGGGCAUCUACCACCUCUCUGGGCAACAUGAUCCACAGCGUUUCACUACCCUCAUUGUCAAAAAUGUCUUCCUUAUAUCUACCCUCUUUUAGUUUAAAGCCAUUACCCCUUAUCCUAUCACAACAGGCCCUGUUAAAAUGUUUGUCCCCAUCUUUCCUGUAGGCCCCCUUUAAGUACUGAAAGGCCGCAGUAAGGUCUCCCUGGAGCCUUCUCUUCUCCAGGCUGAACAGCACCAACUCUCUCAGCCUGUCCUCAUAGGAGAGGUGCUCCAUCCCUCUCGUCACUUUUGCGGCCCUCCUCUGGACCUGAGUAUAUAUACUAUAUAGUUAUACGGUUAUCACCAUCAUAGAAACCUAGGCAUCUAUUGAAGUAUGUAUUUAAAUAUUCUCUGAGGACAGGAACUAAUUUCAAAUUGAUUGAUCAACUGGUGACAGUCUAAACUCAAUAAAGGUCAAGGGCAGAAAACAGAUGCAAGUUAAAAUUAUGACUUAGGGAAAAUAAACCCACAAAUCAUAAGAUAUCCUUGGAGGAACCUUCCUGGAAAUUCUCUAAACACUACAGUUUUGCUCCUUCAAAUGUCCAGAACAACUAAAGGGCUAGGUCCAGUAGAAAGGCAUCUGCCUCUGUGAUUGUAUACAUGACUCAAAUCUAGGGUUUCAGUCCUACAAGAUGUGAUUUGGUAGUGGAGCAGUCUCAGUGUUUACUCAAACUCCUGAAGUGAAAAGUUUCCUAAUGGACACUGAAGGACAAGGGAUGAGAGGGAGAGGUGGAGGAGAAGGCGAAGUGAAUAUGUAUAAAGGCAACACACUACAGGAAACUCCAGUUAUUGAUAAAUAAUUUUACUAUUUUAGAGUGCUACCAUGCAUGAAUAUUCACUGCAGGUUCCUUCAAGCAGAAGUUUCCUAUCUAGUUAGUUAUUUGGAUAUGGGUUUUUUUCUAAGUGACUUCAGGAGACCUUGGUAAAUAUGGCACACUUUAAGGAUGCCUUUGUGGCAGUAUAAUGUUUGGCCAUAAAUAUAGUUCCAGGUAUUCCUUUUGCAAACACCAUGGAUAGAGACAUUUUUUGGCAAGAGUGUGGAUACAGUGAGUUCUACUGAAGCACAUUGUAAUGAUGGAGCAUAUUUCUCAUAACGUAUCUUUAUUAAACCGA